AAACUUUCGCCCUGUGCUCGCAGGCGUCCCGACAGCCGCCCCAAAAGUCGUCCAAGCGUGGAAGGAACAGGAGCAGCUCGAGCGCCAAGUCCUCGACCGAGAUCAUGGGUUCGGACUUCGUGGUGGCCAGCGACCGCGCCUACGCCGGGCCGGGAACGGACACCCUGCUCAGGGCGCGCGCGCGCUGGCACAGCGGCCUCCCGUCGCAGUCCGGCACCCUGCACGUGACCCGACGCCCGAGCUCGGUGCGCCGGUCGGCGAGCCGCGAGAGACUGGAGCAGGAGGAGCUGCAACACGGCGAGCCCCCGGUAGCAAUGCCUCUGCCUUCGGAGGCCGAGGAUCCCCAGGAAGCCAGUGCGUCCGCCAUGCAUCUGGCCAUCCCGCCCAGCGCCCUGUCUUUCAAGGAAAGCUCACAGAUUUCCGGAGCUUCCGUUGCCCCGCCUCCCGAGUUGCCGGAGAAAUUUCGCCCCGAAGCGAGCAACAUAUCCAAGGAGGCCCAUCCAGCCGAAGAAGUCCGCGACGAUGUUCGCAAAAAACACAUUGGUACCGAAGAUAGAGGCGCGCUGCAUAAAUCCGUUGACCAUCGUCACGCCGCUCAAGACACUACCUCCUCUACGACAGCCCCAAAGGCCUUACCUGGCAAACUCCUCUCGCCGGCGCCCCCUACCGAUGAUGUGCACAGACCAAGCAAAGGCGAUCUGUGCCCGGAACCGGGGCGUAACGAAAAGCCGAAACAAGGAAUGGAUAAGCUUCCGUCUGAGCGGUCCGCCACUCGAGGCUUCGAAAAGCCUGCAGAAAAGCCCGCAGUCAGGGAGGCAGCACCACUGGAAGCUGACGAACCGCAGCCAAAAGCAAAGCAGCAGCGAGGAGGGAUGGGCACCGUAGGUGGUCCGGAACAACGUGUGGCGGCCAGACAGGAUUCCGCUGGAAAGAAUGCUAUGGACAGACGGCACAAUCCUCGGGCUAGACGUCGCAGACCGAAGCAUGUAGAAGAGAGGCAAGCUGCUCCUCACCCAAACUCAGUGCCUUACAAGCCCACUAUGGCUAUGCUUCCCGUUCAGGAUGACACGACGUUUCUAGGGGGGCCGACAGCAGGAGCCAUCGUCAAACACGGCGAGCAAGGUGCGACUGGCAAAUCGCAAGGUGUGCUCCCUCAAAGCCACGAACCUACGAGAAAAAGCGUCGGGCAAGAGGGCUCCUUGUCCUCAAGAAAGUCGACCAAGUCUGCGGAGUCUGCAGCAAAGCUGGCUUCCCCUGCAAGCGCUCCGGUCAGAAACGUACAAGAGAAUCCGAUCAGCGCACAGAAGUCGCCCAAAUCCGGAAAGCAGGCCUCGUUGUCAGUCUCCAGCGUAAGGGUUCUUGGUGAGUCAGCCGCGAUAAAGCGACCUCCUGACAUGCCUGGGACAAAGCCGAGCGUCCACGAAGGUCCUUGUGCUACCCAGGACGCAGCCGUACUCGCAAAGAACAUUCCAAAGUCAACAGUGGCAACAGCGGAACAGCUAAGAGCCGGGGUCGAUGAUAGACCGCAGGUUCCUUCGGCAGAAGAGAAGCCUAAACGGGACCCGAUUCCGGAGGCUAAGCGUGAAAAGAAAGGCAAGUCAAAGACUCGGAGAAAAGGCCACAAGCGCCACCACAAGAAAGAGACAGGUUAAGAAACAUCCCCGUUGGCCCUCUUCCCUCCCCGCCCUUGUCUGCCUUUGAAGUGAAGCGCAAAAGAAUCGCCCCAACAAGUGAUGGUAAACUGAAGGACUCGUUCAUGGGUGCUCCGCCUCACAGAAGGAAUGGGGGCGGGCUCGUCCAGUGGGAGUGUGUACAGGGAGAAUCUUUUUAUCUCCUCUUGCUCCCGAAAAUACAAGCCACUGCCACAUUGA